GUUUUGUCCACCUUGGGUGCAGGAAGAUGUCUUGGCUAAAAUGCUUCAACUGGUCGGAGGGAAUAAAAAAACGGGCAUGCAGGUACCUUUUGCAGAGGUACCUGGGCCAGUUUCUAGAGGAAAAACUCACAUUGGACCAGCUUACGGUAGAUCUUUACAAUGGCACUGGUCGAGUCACAAAUGUCAGUCUUGAUGUACAGGCAUUAAACGAAAUGGGAGAACAACAACAUUUACCUUUAGAAUUCGUCGAUGGUUUUGUAGCAGAGGUAUCCGUCAGUAUACCAUGGUCUGCUUUGCUAAGUGAAGCAAGCUAUGUCGAGGUGUCAGGCUUAGUAUUAACCGUACAGCCACGACAGAGGACCGAAACUGGAACUUCGAUGUUUGAAUCUAUGUGGAGUUCUAUGACGUCUAGUAUGCAACUUGCCCAAGAGUGUUUACAACAGGACACAAAUAAUAUGGAUAAUGAGCAAUUAUUGGAAGGAGUCGAAUUAUUUGCGCAAACUAUAGACUCUAUUCUGUGCAGAGUCAAAGUAAGAUUUCUCAAUACGGUCAUACGUUUGGAGCAUGUUCCUCUGGAGUCUACAAUGGGUGUAGCAAUAGAAAUGUGCAUAAAAAAUUUAGAGUAUUCGGAUGAAGCUGGUUCAGACCCAUAUAACGUUAAUGCAGAUGCAAACCAACCUGCACAAGGAUAUGUAGCAUCUGCAUUUAUGAUUAAAAGAUUUUACUUGGAAGGUGUAACUUUUCACACCGAUGAAUUUCCUUCACGCUCAAGAACAUUUUCUAGGAGCAUCAUGACAACAAGUAGAGGAUCAACACCAGAUUCAAAGAACUCAGAUGUGCAGUUCUCAUCUGCGCAAAUAUCACCAUUACAAAAUGCAAAUACACCACCAGAGCGAAAUAUUAUGAAUGCUUUGAGUGAAUCUCAUCCGAUCCUAUUUGCUAAAUUAGCAGGACGGCAAGAAGUACGAUUGAAAGUCAAACAGGCAGAAACAGUCCUUGGACCAAAGGUAGAAUUAGAAGUCACAUUGGGUUCUUUAACUUCGUUUCUAAGCCCCAGACAAGUUCAUGUGUUGAUGGAAUUGGGGCAUGGCCUAGCAUCACCCGAUCUAGAAGAUAUGAGCAAUGUGCCACGGAGACCUUAUGCUGAGAAACCUAUGGCAGGGAGCGAUUUUAAUCGAGUCGAACGAGAACUCCUGCAGCAAAUCAACCCUACUCAGGGAUUACGAACAAUGGAUUUGCGACAUGUGCAAGGAUGGUCAACAGCAUCUUUAGAGGAAUCAGAUAAUGAAGAUGAAUUUUUACCAAUGCGGCUACCUGAUAGUCCUGAGAUGAGUGAUUCCAUGACGACUAAUAACGUUAGUAUGGAAGGAAGUAUAUUGUGUAGCAGUGUGAGUUCCAAGGGCUCGGUGACAAAUGUACCACGGCAGCAUAAGCACAGAAGUUGUAGCACGGAAACAGAUUCUACGACGGAAACAUCUCAAUUUCAUAUAAAAUUGUCUUCGAUUGCCAUUGUAUUAUUACAUGAGGACAUUUUAACAACCUGUGUAGAUGGUCUAGGACUUACCUUUGCCAGUACGAAGCAAAUGAAGAGUACCGCGGAAGAAUUUUUUAAUAAACUAGGAAUAUUCGCAGUGGGAGGAUAUGGUAACAAAGAUUUUGAGAAGGCUUCGAUGUUAUUUCUUGAUGCGUGUCAGCUCAGUCAUAUUAGACUACUCGCAGCACCACUAAUAAUGGAAGGAAGUGAAAAGACUACUACUCAAACCUCAAUAAUUUCUGGAAGCCUAACUUUAGCCAGUUUAGAAAUUGUAGAAUACUUACUUGAUUCAAACAAUUCUACCUCAAGUGAGCCCAAAGUCAUGGAUUGUGUGGAAUUGCUUGGAUUUGAUAAUGAGAAUUUAGGUCCUGGAGUAACAAACAAAACGGAUCUUAGAAUGCGAUUUAAAUACACAGAAAAAGCUGUCAAGCAGGCUCAGACAACAAAGUUCGCACACCCACGCACUGAGAUUGACAUUCAACUGGGCCCGUGUAGAAGCGAGAUUGAUAUUACAAUAGUGGACAGAAUAUCUGCUGUUUUGAAUCCUCAACAUAUAUGUACAUACAAUUCUGUCACUGCGGCUAAACGUACAGCCAACCAACAAGCAUUGUUUUAUCAAGCAGUAGAAUGUCCAUCACUACCAGAUAGUCGGAUCAGUAUAAAGAUGUCUUCACCUUGUUACACAGCAAAAAUUAGAUUUCCUGUACCGGACUUAAGACCCUUGCAUGACAUGAGUCGAGCACCAUGGUGGAAGCGAUCGGUUAGACCAGACUACGUGACGCUGAAAUUAACGGAUGUUAAAAUUCAUUCGUCUAUGGAAAGUCGUUCCCAUUUUUUGGCGAAACAUGUCGUACAGUGCCGGGGAAUACUCUUUACGUACACAGAAGCUGACGUAGAUGUUCCGGUAGAAAUUGGAAAAACUUCCGUUGAUGAAAAGGCUGACGGAUCUCUACCUCACGAAACCGAAGGUUUUGGUUGGCCUAGAAUGGUGAUUACGAUCUAUCCGAAGGACCUCGGAGGACCUCUCGAAGACAGCUCCGAAGGGGAACCGGAAUCAAGUCUCGAUGACACUUUAGACCACGCGCCGAGACAUCAACCAUCACCGUUUAGUUCGAAACGUGUGGUCCACGAAUCUGACACGCCUCAUUCGAAACCGCAGACAGACAAAGAUAAUACAGAGCACAGAGAAGGAGAGGAACUAAUAAUUCCAGGAACAAGGCAAGAGAUGCUAGAAUUCAUAGAUGAAAGUACUCGUGGUGCCAGACUUCAAAUUGAAAUUGGCUUGCCAUGCGUUUCGGUCCAAAUACCGUCAAAGCAUCUGUACGAGUUACUUUCCAAUAGAUUCAAUACCGAUCUUUUCUUAUGGACACCGUCAGCGCCGAAGCCAAAAUAUACGACACAUAUGGAAAAUCAAAUCGGUUUGGAUUUAGCCUCUACCUUGUUACAAGAUUCGAUAUAUCCGAGAUUCAGUAUGUGCAAGAGUGGAAUUCAGUAUGACACGGAUUCAGACUCUGACGAGGAAGGAAUGGUCCAAUCAGUAGAUGGCAAGAAUUCCAAGCAAUAUCAGAGCAGGCUCUCCAGGAAUGGUCAGAGCAAGGUGGCUCUUACCUUGAACAUAGGUCAGGGACUUCUGUGCAUGUACACUCCAGUUAGGGAUUCUUUGCAAAACGUUAUUCCGGGACAACAGGGAGAAUUAAUAUUCAGGGUGGAGGACGCGACAAUAUUUUCUGUUAAUUCCUAUAAAGGGGAUUCCGACCUCGGCUAUGUUUGCUCAAUGGUGAGCAGCGUGUCAUUGAAUCAUUGCGGACUAACCAAGACACCCUCCCAGGCUCGGCCGUUAAAAUGUAUUAACCCUGUUAUACCAAAACGUUGUCAAACUGUAAUAUACCGAAGCGAGGCGGGAACAAACGUUUCUACUUCUUUGGAGAAGGAUAUGUUAACCAUGGCUUUGAGAAUACAGUACUCGCAUCAAACUCAUCGUAUAAAGAUCUUUAGAGUAGCCGUUGGCAUAAGGAAUGCUACACUAAAACAUCGGGUGUGUUCUCCCCAAACCUCGUGGUUCACUCAGUUGUUGGAUUGCUUGGAUAUUUCCGUCCACCCAGUGGCGGGAUAUUCUCCACCUGGUAUCCUAACCGAGUUGCACCUUCAUCUUUGGGAUUGUGCUGUUGAUUACAGGCCUCUACAUCUGCCGAUGAGAUCGAUGGUGACCGUUGGAAGCUUCAGCGUGUCUAGCAACAUAGCCGCCCAGACCAACAUUUCAACAUUGCGGUUCAUUGCCGAAGACGUAGCUCUCUUUAUAUCCGAAAAGUUAGGCGCUCACGUUGACCUCAGACAAGACUACGUUUGCGUGAUGGAUUUGGGUUUGUUCGAGCUAUCCUUAAGACUGAAUGAAAAAAUGUGCGGGGACACGCCCAGAGUAGACCUGAGAGCGAGUAACAAUAUUCUGCAUGUGCGAACGUGUUCCGAUUCUGGACGAGCCCUGAUGCAGCUGCUUACCUACUUUGCAAGCGAUGGAGACCUAUCUUCACGAGCGGAUAGCACCGAGAGUAUUGCGGUUCCUAGCUCCGGAGAAGAGGAAAUUCUGCUCGGAUCCGAGAGUAACAAUACUUUAAGCAAAAGUCAAGUUGAACGAAUUAAUAGCUUGAUGGAAGAAGCUAUGGAAGAUACCGUAAAAGGAACUACUGUCCCCGCUCAUGGGAAGUCUCCGGAAACUGAAAACCAAGUCGAAGUAUUCUUUUUCCCGGAUGAGUCCCAUCCUACGAUACAAAGCAGCACUGGAUCCACUAAGAAUUCCGACGUGUGCAUCUCUGCAACAUGUACUACAGUAUCGGAUGAUCCUGAUGAAGAUUUCUGUAUAUUAGGGGAAGAAGCUGGAGCCGGUAUAAUGCCUAGGCACGGCGUGCCAGAAGUGCGGUGGCUUUGCCAAGAAUCAUUGCGAAUAGUCGAUAAUCACUUCUCGGUUCCACUCGGUAAGAUUGACCUACUCAAAGCCCCCAAACAUUUUCCGCUGCCCGUGUUGAGAUAUACACUUUGUGAAAUGACCUUGGUAUGGCAUAUAUACGGAGGAAAAGAUUUUGGUAAGCCUCGAUCGGCUUUAAAAAAGCACGUAACUAUUGACGAAAGUGGGCAACAUUGCGACGCACAAAUUAAAUUAAGAAGUCCCACAGCCAUCAGCGAAAUCAGCUUCAGCAAAAAUAGUCCAAAUGAGGUGCGUUUCGGUAGCGUGCCAAAUUCACCUCGGAUCAAGGCCAGAGAGACAACCCCGGAGUGGUACAUGAUGGGUGGUCCAGGUCGCCAACAUGAUGUCUUAAUGGAGUUUCAGCUAAACAAGGUGCGCUUCCAGCACGAAGUCUACCCGGAAAAUACAACGGAGGCUUCUAGACAGAUCCUGCUGGUAAACGAAUUCGAGAUACGGGAUCGACUUCAGUCCUCCAAUAUCAACAAGUUCUUGUACCAAUAUCGCAGCGAGGCUAUGCCACGACAAUCGCACGCUAACAUGUUCGUGAUGAAGGCGCAUCAUGUAAGACCGGAUCCAUGCCUCGGAGUCCAGGAAUGUUGCUUGAAGCUGAGUUUACUGCCCUUGCGCCUCAAUAUAGACCAAGAUAGCUUGCUCUUUCUGAUAGAAUUCUUUACCGAGUUGGCCGGAAACCCGAAGCAGAAUCAGGACAAAACAAACGUCACCAACAAUGUCCAAUCUUCCCCUAGCUCCAAACAAGGCACGCCUACUCAUCAUCCUCCAGUGAUGAGUGUGAAGGACACUGCCCCUGUCCACAAUUCUCAAGAUUCGAUCAACGCUUCAGAAAAUACCGUAGAUCAAAAUUUGCUAAUACUAUUGGAGGAUGAACUCACGAUUAAGGAAAACAAGAUGAAAGCAAAGGCAACCAAUGAGGUACAGGAAGACAGUCAACCGAUAUAUUUCAGAAGCGUGAUAUUCGCUCCCGAAGUAUUAGUCAGGUUGGAUUAUCAUGGUAAGAGAGUGGACCUCACUCAUGGUCCAUUGGCAGGCCUCUUAAUGGGCCUAGCGCAAUUAAAUUGCUCCGAACUGAGGCUUAAAAGACUGACCCACCGUCAUGGAUUAUUAGGUUUCGAUAAGUUGAUCGCAUUCUUUUUGUCAGAAUGGGUGCAAGAUAUCAAGAAGAACCAGUUGCCCAGUCUGUUGGGCGGAGUAGGACCCAUGCAUUCACUGGUGCAAUUGUUCCAAGGAAUUCGAGAUCUAUUUUGGCUGCCGAUCGAACAGUACCAGAAGGAUGGUAGAAUCGUGCGAGGUCUUCAACGAGGGGCAAACAGUUUCACGACGUCAACGAUGAUGGCCACAUUGGAAUUAACGUCCAGACUAGUACAUGCCAUUCAAAGUACGGCGGAGACGGCCUACGACAUGGUCAGUCCCGGGCCAAGCGUUAGACGUAAGAGCAAAGGGCAAAAGGGACGAAGGAAACAAUACAACCAGCCAUUGGAUAUCCGAGAGGGAAUGGCUAAUGCAUAUACACUAGUCAAAGAGGGAUUAGGCGAAACAGCGAAUCAAUUGGUGCGAGUCGCCAGUGAGGAGCACGAACAAAAAGGCGUAUCCGGCGCCGUAGGAGGUGUACUCAGGCAAAUUCCGCCCACAGUGGUGAAACCGAUCAUACUGGCUUCAGAGGCGACCAGCAAUGUUCUAGGCGGAAUGCGAUCUCAGUUGGUGCCCGAUGCAAGAUGGGAGGCUGCCCAGAAGUGGCGACAAGAACCUCACGAUGUGGUGUGAAAAGUUGCGUGAGAGCAGUUCUGGGUCACUCAUGGCCACUUCCGUUACAAAGGAUCAAUGGGAAUUAAGCAGUGUCACACAAUGAGUUUCGCGCAAAUCCACGAAUCACGUCAAUUUUAUCGAAAACUAUAACGGGACUUCUCUUUUUGUUAAGUCUCGAUAAAGGAUACGCAUGGUGUAGCGCCAUCCGAUAUAGCGAGAGAGAUGGCAACUCUUGCGCGCAAAUGAGAUACAUUCAGGUCGUUUAUUUUCGAGCUCGCGAAUGAGCGAGGUUCAAAAUUUCCGUAGUUACCGCUGUUGAGUUCCAUUCGCGUACUCUUUUCGUUCAAAGAGUCGAGACUCGUUUAUCGUAUUUAUAAAUUACAGACGAGAAAUAUAUUAAUGCAAGGUAACAGUCGCUGCUAUUACGUAUUUUUGUUCUAACGAUGUGUACGUUUUAUACCAAUGAUAUGUGUAUCGAAAGAUUUUUUAUUAAUAAAAUCUUAUAACGUUUACUUGUGCAUGCA